GUGUUCUUAAUCAUCACUCGGAGAUGGCGACUCCCCAGUUCAACCUCAGUGUCCUCGUGUGUGCCUUGCUCACUUGCUCUGUGACUGCUUAUCCCAAUGGAAGAGUAGCAAGGUCCUGUGCUGGGAUGAUCCCCCAGCAUAACCACAGCCCUCAGUCUGAUCCUGUUCACAAAAUCACAGUGAGUCAGAUGAAGUUCAAACCUGGAGACCAGAUCAAAGUUACUUUAUCAGGACAGCCAUUUAGAGGCUUUCUUUUAGAAGCCCGGGACGCUGAGGAUUUGAGCGGCCCUCCUAUUGGCACCUUUACCUUGAUUGACAGCGACUCGUCACAGAUUCUGACCUGUGAAGAUGUACAGGGAUUCGCUGUGAGUCAUACAAGUUCAUCCAUAAAGACAGAAAUUAAAGUCUACUGGAAUGCUCCAAGCAGUGCCCCGGAUCACGUCCAGUUUCUAGCCACAGUUGUUCAGAAAUAUAAAAUCUACUGGGUGAAGAUUCCUGGUCCCGUAAUUUCCCAGCCGAGUGCUCCUCCCUUUACGACGCCUGAAGCUACAACACAGCCUUUGACAAUGGCCCCUUCUGUCUCGCACUUAACCAAACCAUUCAGUGCCUCCGAGUGUGGGAACAAGAAGUUCUGCGUCAGGAGUCCUUUGAACUGUGACCCAGAGAAUGAGCCUGCCUGCGUCUUCUUGUCCUUCGCCAGAGAAAACCAGUCAGUGACGGUUGAAAUGAGCGGACCCAGUGAUGGCUACGUGUCCUUUGCAUUUUCUCAUGACCAAUGGAUGGGUGACGAUGACGCUUACUUGUGUAUUUAUGAGGACCAGACAGUGUAUAUACAGCCUUCCUACUUGACAGGGAGAAGUUAUCCUGUGAUGGACUCCAGGGGGACUCUUGAGGAUAUGGCUUGGAGGCUGGCAGACGGCGUCAUACAGUGUUCAUUCAGAAGAAACAUCACCCUUCCUGAGGCUAAGAACAGAUUCGUGCUGAAUGAAAGCUACUACAUAUUCUAUGCAGAAGGCGCGGCCCACGACGGCCGAAUAUUUAGGCACUCUCAGCAACCUUUGAUAACGUACGAAAAAUACAACGUGACAGGCACCCCACAGAACGUAGGAGGGUCCCGCUCUUCGGCCCUUUUGAAGGCUCAUGGUGCCUUAAUGUUUGUGGCAUGGAUGACCACAGUGAGCACAGGAGUCCUGGUUGCCCGGUUCUUCAGAUCUGUUUGGUCAAAAGCUUUCUUCCUCGGGCAAGCAGCUUGGUUUCAGGUGCACCGGAUGCUCAUGCUCGCUACCUCCAUGCUCACCUGCGUGGCUUUUGUUUUGCCUUUUGUGUACCGAGGAGGCUGGAGUCGGCGCGCAGGCUACCACCCGUACCUCGGUUGUAUAGUGAUGACCUUAGCUGUCCUUCAGCCUCUGCUGGCAACCUUCAGACCACCUCUACACGACCCAAGGAGGCAAGUGUUUAACUGGACUCACUGGAGUGUGGGGACAGCUGCUAGAAUAAUAGCAGUGGCAGCAAUGUUCCUAGGAAUGGAUUUACCAGGACUGGAUCUCCCCAGUCCACAGAAGACCUACGCAAUGAUGGGGUUUGUGGUGUGGCACAUCGGGACUGAGGUCAUUCUGGAGAUACAUGCUUACCUGCUCUCUAGAAAAGUUGAAAUACUGGAUGACGAUAGAAUUCAGAUCCUUCAGUCACUAACCGUUGCUGAAGCGGAGGGUCAUGUUUUUAAGAAGGUGGUGUUGGCGGUUUACAUAUGUGGGAACGUGACUUUUCUCAUGAUAUUCUUGUCUGCAAUCAGCCAUGUUUGAGCACGAAAAGACUUGUUUUUUUGUGGGUCAUGAUGAUCAUCAAAAUGAGGAGAGACCUGAGGCGUGUACUGACCACCUGGAGCACAUACUGACUCAGAAGACCCCUGGGCAUCGCUCUAGAGGAAUUCUGAAGUCUGGUUUUCUUGGUUCACAUUCGAGUGGGCUAUAAGACACAUGCAUUGAUAUCAAUCAAGGCUUUAUCCGUAAUUCUGCAUCGUGAAGGGAACAGUGUACCUGAGAUGACCUGACUCUAAAUGUCCCACGCCAGAUUUAAAACAGGAAACUGGAAAGGAAGAUAGCAAGUGAAGACAAUUAUCUCAGGCGAAGAAUAAGUGGAGAUUGUAUCUUUGGAAAUGAGACAGGUUUUGUGUAGCCCAGGCUGGCUUCUAACUGAUUGUAUAACCAAAGAAACCCGGAACCUGUGAUCUUCCUGCCUGUGCUUCCUGGGUGGCGGGAUUACAGGUGUGCACCACUCUAUCUGGUUUUAAGGGAACUGUAAUUUUCAUGCUGCUGCUGCUGUGGUACUUUAAAGAAUACAUUUAUGUUGACUAGUUUAUUUUAGAGAUUUUAUCUUAGAUUUUUUAAAAAAAAUUGCUACAUUUUGUUUUUACGCAUACACACAUAGAUACACACACAGAUACACACACACACACACACACACACACACACACACACACACACACACAAACAAAUAAAACCUACAAGAAAAAA